AUGGGGCCCCCGGGCAAUAGGGGAUCAUGGGGCCCCUGUGUCCUUGCCCAAACUCAAAAAGUCUAUGAAAAAGGUACCAGCGGCAUCUCAUGGGGCCCCCUACUCGCUCAGGUAAAUUUGUAUCUCACAGUAAGGGGCUUAAGUGCCCAGAUAAGUCCCAAGCAGGGGCGGACUGACAACUCAUGGGGCCCCUGGGCAAUAGGGGAUCAUGGGGCCCCUGUGUCCUUGCCCAAACUCAAAAAAGCCUAUGAAAAAGGUACCAGGGGCAUCUCACGGGGCCCCCUACUGACCCCGGGCCCUCGGGCAGUGCCCGAGUUUCCAAAUGGUCAGUCCGCCCCUGCUCCC